AUGCUCUUCCUUGCUGUGUUACUGUUCACCACUGUCCCUUUGGUGUCUUCCCAGUUCCUCAACCCGUCUCAGAGUAGGGAGCUUUGGAGAAUCGGGCAGACACGGAAGGUUCAAUACAACACCAAACUCGAGAAAUACACCAUUGCCCUUUGGCAACAGGCCAUUGCAGGAGGUUCUGCGACUCUGGGACCGAUAAUUGUUGAGACCACAACAGGUCCAAAGAGAGAGUUUGAAUGGAGGGUUGACCUCGAGGAACUCGAGUUGGGCGCCUCAAAUGUCUUCUUCUUUUGGCUCUUCGAGGGAGACAAAUCCGUCCAAGGACAAGUGAAGAAGGGACAGGCCUUUUCUUCAGCCUUCUUCAACAUCACCGAUGAGCCCGAACCGAGCAGCUCUUCCUCCGUCAAGUCUUCGACAACCCGAUCAUCAACCUCGUUCGCGUCCUCUUCCGAGCUAUCUUCCACAUCGUUAGUCUCGACGACGACAGAAGCCGAGUUGACCACGACUACUCCAGAAGCGCCUGCAACAACACAGGCGCGUGUCUUGCCAACCGCACAAGAGCCAGGGCCGACAGACAAGACGAAAGCAGGUGACGCGUCAGCGAGCAACGUCCCAGAAGUCACUGUUGCAGACCCAAACAGUCUUUCUGUUGGGGCUCAAGCGGGCAUAGGUGUCGGAGUAGGGCUCGUCGGCGUGACGUGCGUUGUGUGUGUUAUGUUGUGGUACAGGUAUCUCAAAAAGAAGCAGCAGACGAUUUCCGAACUCCAUGGUAGCACGACCUUCCCACAACUGCCUGGAUACUCCAGAAGUCACGGUGUUGGGGGUGAGGAUCCAAAAUCUCCCGUAGAUAAGCCAGGUUAUUAUGUGAACAAGAGGCCUGUGGAGAUCGACUAA